AUGAACAGUACUCGAGAGAAAUAUAGCACCUGUCUGAGGCAACUUGAUAUCGUGGACGACACGUUAGAAAAAUUAGGAGUGGUGACAGAUUACAAGAAACUGUAUACACAAACGUUAUUGAAAAUUUUUGGAUGGUUCGCAUAUAUAGGAUUGAAGUUCGAACAACUCAACGAAUAUCUUCGGAAGUUGGAUGGAGAUAAUGGACAUGGAUUGAAGCAAGCUUGGGAACAUUCCGCGUUGCUGCCACAUCAAAUCGGAUAUCUAAAAUUUAUGAACAGCGAAUCGGCUACAUGGAUUGCAAUACACCUGCAUUUACAACUGUGUAAAAUCUCUCGGGAGUUAAACUCGAUUUUUGGAUUACAAAUGACGAUCAAGAUGGGAGCUUAUUUCACGCUUAUGGCAAUAGGAUUUAGCGAACUUUUCAACAUACUGCUCAUUACUAAUUACAAACUAAAGAAAACCCUAUUCAUAAUCUUGACUAUGUCUUACCUCGCUUUUAAUACUUUCAGACUAUUCAUUAUUAAUUACAUCUGCGAGAUGGUCUGCCGUAAGGCGCAUGUAACAGGAGAAAUUAUAAGUAAAAUACCCUAUCCCAAUUUUAAUGUUGCGAUUCGUGAAAACUUCUCUAAUUCCGUUUCAACUGUUAUAGUCAUACUGGUACAGUCGCAAACAAAAAGAUAA